AUGGGGUUCCUAGGAAUCUUCGAGGAUAAGCACCUUGCUCAUGUUCCAGCAACCGUGAUCUUGAGUGAGGAUCAAAAUCCUCUGACCAGUGUCCCUGAAGGAGGCGCUCCCCCCGCCGGACUGAAACGUGGCACUGGCAAAGAUUCAGAAAUUAUUCUCAUUCCACAGCCGUCUGAAGAUCCGAAUGAUCCACUUAACUGGCCGUAUACCCAGAAGCUCGUUAUUAUGAUGAUUGUGGGCUAUGGCUCGGUCCUCUAUGCUGCCGUGCUUUCCCCUCUCCUGUCUCCCGCAUUGGUGGUCAUUGCGAAAACCUUUAACAAGUCUGUUCGUGACAUUACCCUCAUCUCAGGAUACAUGUUACUGGUUACCGGCAGUAUUGGGCCUAUAGUCAACGCGCUGUCUCGUAAGUACGGAAAGCGCCCUCAGCUCAUUCUUGCCGCGUUCUUCGGCCUACUCGGAACUGUCAUCUGCAGUGCCGCAAACAGCUACAAGGGCCUCAUGGCCGGACGCAUCAUUCAAGGUGGCUCUGUGACCGCUUUUGAAUCCCUCGUUGUCUCAAUGAUUGGUGACCUAUUCUUUGUUCACCAACGCGGAGCUUUCAUGACACUCAUCCAAUUCAUCCUCGGAGCUACAUCCAACUUCUCGGCCAUCAUCGUCGGACCCAUUGCAACGAACCUCGGCUGGCGCUACCUUUUCUACAUUCUUGUUCCCUUUGUCGCUAUCGAGCUUCCCCUGCUCUACUUCUUCGUCCCCGAAACCAAUUACAACCGCGACCACCGCUACGACAUUGACGAGCUUUCCAACGAAAACCUCGCCGAGCUUGCUGCUAUCGAGAAUGAGAAACAAAAGAGAGCGAGUGGCAGCGAGAAGGAAGGAAGCGAUGACUUUGAAAAGGCCGUGACAAACACUACCUCACGCUCCAUCAUUCCUCCGAAAAAGACCUAUGUUCAAUCGCUGGCUAUCUUCACAGGAACCUACUCCGACGAUAACCUUCUCCAGCUCGUCAUUGCGCCUUUUGCCGUCUGCACCAACAUGGCUGUUCUGUGGAUGGUCAUCGUAACCGGUGGAUUGACAGCCUACUUUGUCGCACAGUCAUACGUAAUGGCCCAGAUUUUCCAGGCACCGCCCUACCUGCUCAGCACAGCUGGAGUCGGCUACCUCUCCCUCGGCCCUUUUCUUGGAGGCCUCAUUGGUUCCGUCUUCAUCGGCAUGUUUUAUGAUCCUCUGAUCAAAUGGUGUGCUAAGAAGAACAACGGUGUCUACGAGCCAGAAUACCGUCUCCUGGCCAUGAUCCCAUCCGUAACCAUCGUACUUGGCCUGUGCCUAUUUGGCCACUUUGCCCAAAAGGGCUCGUCCUUCUACCUCACUGCCUUUUUCCACGGCAUGGACCUUUUCGGCAUCGUCAUUGCGUGUAUCGCAGCCUCUUCCUACGUGCUCGACGCCUUCCGUGACAUCAGCUCCGAAGUCUUCAUCAUCAACAUGGUUUUCAAGAACUUUUUGUUCUACGGCUUCUCGUACUUUGUCAACAACUGGGCUGCCGCCGACGGGCCUGCAGAGGUUUUCUACGUCUUUGGAGGAGUUGCAGGCGGCAUGAUUAUUACGGCACCCAUCUUCUUCUUCUGGGGAAAGCGGUAUAGGAGCUUUUGGCACAGGCAUAACCUCUUGCAGAAAUGGGGUAUCUCGACGCAUGCUGAGAUUUAA